GAAUGCUCAUUCUUCUACAGGACCCUUCGAGAGCAGUACCUAGUUCGGGGGUGGCUCGUGAUUUGUUGUGAAGGAAUGACGGACUGACUGGGCUUGGAAUUGAAGCGAGCAAGCGAGGGGGUGAGUCGGAGACGUCCGUGGCAUACUUCCGUGAGCUGAUGCCUCUCUGUGGUCACUUUGGUGGUGAACAGUCAUCGGAGCAGGAUCUCCCCGCAAAAGAUCCUUCACCCAAGCCAAGAGAUAACUGUAUUUUGGAUCAUUCUGCAACCAGCUUUCCAACUGAUCGCUUGUAGUCUUUCCUAACCAAUUAAUAAAAUGUCUUCUUUUCACUGAGGCUUGCAUGCGCUGUACUAUUGUUGAAGCUGACUUUGGUGUGAUUUAUUACAACUGAGAUAUUACCUUUUUGACAAAAACUCAAUAGAUUUGACAUAUAUUAUAUUUGGAGGUGAUUGAUAAUAGUGUGUUGAUUGUAUUUAUGGGAGACAGUUAUUUUACACCGGACAGUAUGGGGAGUGAGGUGGACCAAAAGAAAUCAGUGCUUUUGCCUGCCAUCCAGUCCCUAGAUUCUCUCAAUGACCAAAUCGUCCAGUUCAUCUUCACCCCGAAGUCAGCCGAAUGCGACGUCAGCGGAGCUGGCACGGGCGACAGCCUCAAGCCACUAGAGCGUGACUCGCUGAAAUCCAACCUUGCGCUGAUGCGCAGGCUCCUCGUCGAUGCACAGGCCAAGUUCCACCGGAUGAUGGACGAUAAUAAGAAGUUAGCGGCAAAGAUUGAUAACUCCUUACAGCAGAACGCCAAUCAUGAAGUAGAUUCCUUGAGAGAAGAACUUGCUGAUACCAACAAGAGAUUAAGUCAUAUGAGCACCGAUUCAUCACCCACCACACCCGACAACGACCAGGAUAACAAAGAAUGGCAGAAGCAACAGGACCAGCAUGAACUGCAGAAGCUGAGAGACAAGUGCGCCAGACUGGAGAUGGAGAACAAGAGUCUGCUCAAGCAGGUGGACGAUGCUCACAUCCUAGAGCAAGACCAGGAUCAGGUUCCGACCGCUCAGGAUCUCAAGAUACAGCUGACCCAGACGGAACAUGAGCUCGCAAGGGCCAAAGAAGCUCUCACCGCAAUGAAAGCAGAUCGGAAGCGACUGAAGAGCGAGAAGGUGGACCUCCUGAACCAGAUGAAGCAGCUCUACUGCACCCUGGAGGCCAAGGAGGAGGAGAUGAGGGACUUCAUCCGCAACUACGAGCAACGGAUGACGGAGAGCGACGCCAGCCUGAAGAAGAUCGUGGCGGAGAAGGAGGAGGUGGAGAAGGACCGGUGGGAGAUCUUGAAGAGGGCGCGGGAAGCGGCCGAGAGGUCGGUGGCGCUCAGGGAGCAGCUGGAUAAGAAGGAGAAGGAGAACGAGUCUUUGGAGGAAGAACUUGAGAAGGUCAGAAGGCAGCUCAUAUCCGAGAGGAAUGCCCCUCGCAUCAUGCUCAGCAAUUCAAGCAGCGUCAACGACUCCAUGAUUCUUGCCUCUCACUGCCGAGACGGUUCCAUUGGAUCUGAUAGCGUCCUCUCGCAAGGCCCGGAUGCUGCCGACGUCAGCAACGCAGGAUCGGACCUACCAGAGACCCCGCCCCUUUCAGCACGCAGCGUCCGUAAUACCCAUUCUUUCAUAUCAGUUCAAGAAUAUUCAGAUAAUACUUCAGCCGACAGCGAAAGCCGAGAGUUCCUGCUGUCACCGGCCGAACAUCUUUCCAGGUCUUCUGAAGAACUAUGCAACAUCGAAACGGCUUCUACAACAUCGUCAAGGGAACGCUUCAAGAAGAGGAAACAGAAGAAAUUCAACUCGCUCUCCAAGAUAUUUGGCAAGAAGAACCGGGCAACAUUGGAACAAAUAGUAUUUGAUGACACAAAUCUUUCAAGUUCAAGACACAGUAGCACCUUAGAGCUAUUCUCAUUGGAUGAACAGGAGAAAGCGAGACUAGCUGAGAAAUGCAAGUCAACGCCGAUGUCGCAAUGGAAGGCAAAUAUGGUUGUGGCAUGGUUAGAACUCACAAUGUGCCUUCCACAGUACAGCAAGGCGUGUGCAGAGAACAUCAAGAGUGGCAAGGUUCUACUAGGUCUUUCAGACAGUGAGUUGGACACAGGGAUGGGUGUGACCAAUGUGCUUCAUAGACGGAAACUCAGGCUUGCCAUCGAUCAGAACAAAGUGCCUAGCGAAUGCAAAUUCCCCAAAGCAGCUGAUCUUGACCAUUGCUGGGUAGCCAGGACGUGGUUGAACGACCUAGGGCUCGGCCAGCACUCGCUGAUCUUUGAGGCGGAGAGAGUGGACGGUCGGGUCCUAUCGACCUUGACCAAGAGAGAUCUAGAGAAGUACCUCAAGGUCACCAGGAAGUUCCACCAGGCUAGUCUACUACAUGGCAUUGAAUUGCUGAGGAUGCUCAAGUUCAACAAAGCUAUGCUAUCAGAGAGACGAACCCAAAGUGAGGACAUUGAUAUGGAUCCAUUAGUCUGGACCACACAGAGGGUCAUGAAGUGGGCCCGAUCAAUAGACCUUAUUGAGUAUGCAGACAACCUUGUCGACAGUGGUGUCCACGGCGCCCUCAUGGUCCUAGAACCUUCCUUUGAUUCUGAUGCCAUGGCCAAUGCACUAGGAAUCCCAUCUAGUAAAAACAUCAUCCGAAGACACCUUACUACAGAACUCAACGCGCUCGUCCUACCAGCGAGAGCUUCCCUGCAGCCUGUCAAUGGUACCAUGGACGCCAGGCAUAGGCGAGCCAGUUCUGGGGCGCUAGGCGGCGGAGGGUUCCAAAGGUCGUACAACACCAACGGAGAGGGCCGGAGUAAACCAACGUUCAGGGGCUCACUUGGACGAGCUCUUGGACGGAAGCUGCGUCAGGAUAUGAACACUUACAACUCGAGCUUCGGCGCCAUGCCUGAGCAGAUCCGCUCUAAAUCGCGAAGCCAGGAAUUCAGCCAGGAGAGCACCAUAGUAUAGGACGCCCCCUUGUGACACACCUGGUGCAUUCUUGCUCUGAACAUAUCGUGGUAGACUGACAGAUAUAUUUUGCCUUUUGUGUGGAUGAAAGAAAGGACUCCAGAUUGUGCUAUUUUUUAUAUGGAGAUUACUAACGACAAACUCCGAAGGAAUAUUGAAAGAAUAUUGAAAGACUUGCCAGGAUGGAAUAAAACUUUACUUUUUGUAUGGAGAGAGGAAUGAAUAAUUAAUGAACUCUGAUGAUUUAACAGAAGACAAGAGCAGAAGUUGAAUCAGAAUCAAUUGAUAUACGUGGAGCAUCAUUAUUUGUCUUCAUGUCAUAAGGGUCACCAACUUUGGGAUCUUUGAUGGCUUCUUUAGAAUGAUCCAUGCUUGAGUUGCCAAUUUAAAGAUGGCUCUGAUCAUGAUGUGAUGAACGCAACCACGAAGCCAAUGAUGAAGGAGUGCUUUAUUGUAUCCUAUCGUGCUCUAACUUGGGAGGAAUACAGGAGAAUCAAAGAGUCGUAUGACUGUGAAAUGGAUUUAAUAAUGAAACCAUGAAAGGUUCCCAACAACACUGAGGGAUGCAACUAGUAGAGAGAAUUCUUUAAAUUAUCUUCAUUGAAGGCACUUACGUGUAGCUACAUCGAUGAUCAUUUACAUUUUGAUGAUUACAUGCAACACUUUUUUCAAAAGCGCUGUAAAGAUACUCAAAUGAUUAAAUAUAUAGAGAUAAAUAAAUCUUAACAACUUACAUGGGCAAUUCCAUAAGAUAAUCAAUUAACAUGUAUGUAUGUCGAACCCCCCAUUAUUCUCCAGUCUUGCAUAACUUUCACUGCUAAUUCUGUGAUAAUUUGAGAGCAUUUAAAAAAAAAUUCUUAAAAACUAGAAAAUACAGAUAAAGGAAAGUCCCAGGGGGCCAGACAUAGAUAUUUUAUGGAAUUGCCCAUGAUUAUGAAUAUUCAAAUCAUGAAAUGAUCAUGGCACAAAACAUCGUCAUGGACUUCGAGAAUUCAUAGAUGUGUUUGUGCCCCCAAAGAAAAUUAGAUACGUAUUAGUUAUCUCAGGAUGUAUUCAUAGUCUUCAUCUCCAGGUGUUUCAUUGGACAAAAUGUCUAAUUCGGUCUUCUCUUAGACUUGUGAUCCCGAUACUUAAUUCAUCUGUACAUACAGAGAUCAUCAUCUAUGCAGUUUAUUAGUGAGAGUUGUGUUUGUGUGAAUGAUGAUUUGCGGAUUAUUAUAUUUGAUGAGUGAGUGAGUGUAUACUGCCAAAAAUAGUGGGUGUAUUAAAAUUGGAAAUGAGGUGUUAGCGAAAGUAUAACCAGGAACCGAUUGCACAAAGAGUUGCACUUGA